AUGGGAGGAGAGUAUCGAGGAUGGCUGAUCUCAAUUUGUCAAAAGGGUACUCCUGAGGGAGAUUCAAAGCUAAAUCCCGCAAAGAAGACAGCUGAUCGCCCGGGAUGGCUUCCAGUGCCAACGCGAACAUUGUGCGUUGGUUCUCAACAUUUCUAUGUGCAAACUGCAGCUCUAACGCUGCUCAUCAAACCUCGGGGUCAUGAGGGACGAAAGGAAUCGGACGAAACGCCACCGUAUUAA